CAUCCUUCUGUCAACCUGGUCUCCAUCCUCACUCUGCCUUUGCCGGAGCUUUCCAAGAAACUGCGGGAUGGCUCCCUCCCUCCGGAGCACGUCUUCUACGCCUAUGUGGGCAAGGCCCUCCAAAUCGCCAUAGAAACCAACUGUAUCACAGAGUAUCUGCAGGAAAGCGAGACCCAGCUCCGGAAAGCGAAGCUGACAGGGAAGCCGGGUUUGCUGUACGGGGUGCCUGUCAGCAUCAAAGACUCCAUCAACUGCCAGGGCCAUGAUUCCACAUUAGGGUUUGUGAAGAACCUCAAUAAACCCGCAGCAGAGGACAGCGUGGUGGUGCAGGUCCUCAGGAAACAGGGUGCAAUUCCGUUUGUCAAAACCAAUGUUCCCCAGUCCCUCAUCAGCUAUGACUGCAAGAACUUAAUCUUUGGUCAGACAUUCAACCCUCUGCUCUACACCAGAAGCCCCGGAGGCUCCUCUGGUGGAGAAGGGGCACUUGUAGGAGGAGGUGGGUCCAUCCUGGGCUUUGGGACAGAUGUAGGAGGGAGCCUGCGUUUCCCCGCUGCCUUCUGUGGGGUCUGCUCGCUCAAACCCACCGGGAACAGACUCAGUAAAAAAGGAAUCCUUUCUGGUGUCACUGGGCAGAAGGCAGUGGUCGCAGCCGUGGGGCCGAUGGCAAAAGAUGUGGAGAGCCUGGCGCUGUGCAUGCGGGCGCUCCUGUGCGAGGACAUGUUCAGCCUGGACAGCACAGUGCCCCCCCUUCCCUUCAACGAAGAGGUGUAUUCCAGCACACAGCCCCUCCGUAUAGGCUACUAUGAGACUGAUUUCUUCACCAUGCCAAGCCCUGCCAUGAGACGUGCUGUUCGGGAGACAAAGCAGCUGCUGGAGGAUGCUGGCCACACGCUGGUGCCCUUCGAACUCAUGAACGUGGACUAUAUGUUCUUUAACUUCUGUGUCAGGGGGAUGUUUGCAGAUGGGGGUGCCUCCUUUAUCAAGAAAUUCAAAGGGGAGCUGGAGGCAAGCAGCAUGGGGCUGUUCUUCUGGUUGGCGAAGUCACCAAACUGGCUAAAAACUGCCCUCUCCUGGAUUGUCAAACCCUUCAUGCCUCGACUUUCAAAUAUCAUGAAAGCUAUGAGAUCCAACACAGUGGAUGAAGUCUGGAGUCUUCAUCAUGAAAUGGAGGAGUUUUGCUACCAGUUCAUCUCCCAGUGGAAAAAGCUGAAUCUGGACGUUAUGCUUUGUCCCAUGCUGAGCCCGGCUUUCGGCAUCGGCUACCCCAAGAAGCUCUCAGUGGCAGUCAGCUACACCAUGCUCUACAAUGCCUUGGACUUCCCCGCCGGCGUGGUCCCUGUCACGAUGGUGACAGACGAGGAUGAGGAGGAGCUGAAGGGCUACCAGGGGUACUUUCGGGACUGGUGGGACCGGACCCUGGCAAAGGCUUUCCGUGGCAGCGUGGGGCUGCCGGUGGCCGUGCAGUGCGUGGCCUUGCCAUGGCAGGAGGAGCUGUGCCUCCGGUUCAUGAAGGAGGUGGAGACGCUCGUCUUGCAGAAAAACAGGAUCUUCUGA